AUGCUCAAAUAUCAAGUCAGGACCAGCAGUCGACCGUCUGUGUACGGUAGCCCGUCCUCGUCCACACAUGAUACGACGCUGACCAGUCGAAGUAACUCGUUAGCGUCGUUGAACUCUGUCGACAGUGCGAAUUCUGAUGGUGAUUGGGGAACUCUCCGUGUUUAUACAAGUAAUGUGAAGGCAUGUACAGACUACAAAACGAUUCGUCUCUCCACUCAUUGUACAACACGUUCCGUCAUCGAUACCGUACUAAGCAAAUUCAAGAUUUCAUGUCGGGACACAAAUUUGUUCGAAUUGUGGAUGGAGGUGACGACCAAGGCCGACGGUAAACCAGUACGAACAAUUCUUAGACUGGAUCACGAUGCCAGGCCACUUGAACUACAAAGAUGUCAUCCUGCCAAUAUGUCCCGAUUUAUGCUCCACAUGAUGUCUGAGGGUACUCUGGUGCGGGUUCACGAUCACAAUAUCUCACCACAGGUAUCUAAU